CUAAUCAUCGAGAGGAAAAGAAGAAAAAAAAGGGUUAUGGGGAUUUCUUCUCAUCCCUGAAUCGCUCUCGUGAAUCGAAUCCCAGGCGGACCGACCGAUCCUCCUCGCCUGACCGCGCCGCAUCUCGCUCGCACGCCUACUUCCACUUCCACCCAACAGCGCGAGUGUUACCAGGCCUAACCUUCCUCCUCCGCAGCUCCGCCUUCUCGUGCCGUGACGCGGAACGCCGGGGAGAUCCACCGAGGACUUGGAUUGAUUUCUUCUUCCCUCGGUGGAAGAUACUUGGGUUAGUCAGAGCAUAGAACAAGGGUGGAUUUCGAUUGAUUUUCCAUAGGAUGGAAUCCUUGUGGAAGCUGGCCUACUUGCUUGAGCCUGCAUCACUUGCUCUCAUUGCCACAGCCAUUUCUGUGGCGUAUGCAUCGGCGUCGCGUGCUCUGGACUAUGGCAAGGAGAUGGAGAGGAACUUGGAUUUUUCAGAGGCUUCCAUUACAUUGGAUCGGUCGCAGGCUCUAAUGAUUCCCCUUGCAAGCUCAUGCAGUCUGCUGCUGAUGUUCUACCUGUUCUCAUCUGUCUCGCAUCUCAUGACCGCUUUUACCACUGUGGCCUCAGCGAUGGCACUGUUCUUUUGCCUGUCUCCGUACAUCACCUACCUCAAGACGCAAUUCAAUCUGAUGGAUCCGUUCGUGUCCAGGUGUUGUUCAAAGUCGUUUACCCGGUUGCAAGGUUUGCUGAUGCUCUUUUGCAUAACCACAGUGUUAGCCUGGCUGGUUUCAGGGCAUUGGUUGUUAAAUAAUGUCCUGGGGAUUUCCAUAUGUAUAGCAUUUGUCAGCCAUGUGAGGCUUCCCAACAUAAAGAUUUGUGCGUUGCUCCUGGUCUGCUUGUUUGUGUAUGAUAUUUUUUGGGUGUUCUUCUCAGAGAGGUUUUUUGGAGCAAAUGUUAUGGUCUCAGUUGCCACUCAGAAGGCAUCUAAUCCUGUUCAUACAGUAGCAAACAAGCUUAGUCUGCCUGGGUUGCAGUUAAUUACAAAGAAGCUGGAGCUUCCAGUCAAGCUAGUUUUCCCGAGGAAUUUGUUGGGUGGGAUUGUUCCAGGAAGCAGUCCUGGUGAUUACAUGAUGCUUGGCCUUGGAGACAUGGCCAUUCCAGGGAUGCUUCUAGCCCUUGUACUCUUCUUCGACAACCGGAAGCACAAAGAUGUGAACGUUCCAUCAGAUGUGUCUUCUUCAAAGCGGCGAAACUAUGUGUGGUAUGCCCUAACAGGGUAUGGUGUAGGCCUGGUAGCUGCAUUAGCUGCUGGGAUCUUGUCUCAGUCUCCCCAGCCUGCCUUACUCUACCUGGUGCCAUCGACGCUGGGGCCUGUCAUGUACUUGUCAUGGUUACGGAACGAGCUGUGGGAGCUGUGGGAAGGGUCCGGGCCGAUUCUAAACGAGAAAGCUCGUUUGUUGGAGGUAUGAGAUCCAAGGGGGCCAUAAAAAAUCGGAGCCCACGAUGAUGUAAUCUAAUUUAACAUUACUUCAGCUCCUCAUGCUGAAGGAGAGUAUUUAUAAGCUUAGAAUGGUGUAGUAAUGUAAGCUUUUACCCUGCUGUCCUCGCAAGAGGAAAACACAGAUGUAUCACUUUGACUGCUUGUAAUAGAAAGGUUCAAUGUGUUUCAGCUUU